CCAUAAAGGAAAAUAAAAAGGAACCCUGUUUCUUUCUUUUUUUUAAUUUUUCCUCAUAAUGCUCUCUACUACCUUGUUCCGUAACGCUGCUCUUUUGUCUGUUAAGCGCGCUUCUCUUGUGUCUAUCGCUAGACCUGCUACCUUUGCCCGUUCUUUCGCCACUGAAAACAACGAGACCAAGGAAGAACAAACAACUGCUGAAGAAACCAAGGUUGAAUUAUCUGAAGACGUCAAGAAACUGUUGAAUGAAAAGGACAAGCAAAUUGCCGAACUCAAGGAUGCAUACCUUCGUUGUCUUGCUGAUCAAGAAAAUGUUCGUGAACGUAGUCGCAAAGAAAUCGAAACCACCAAAGAAUUCGCUAUUCAGAAGUUCGCCAAAGACUUGUUGGACACUGUUGAUAUUUUGAACAUGGCAUUGACAGCUGUUCCUACUGAAUACCGUGAAAAGACAGAAGAUAUCAGUGCUGAUGUUGCCACUGUCUUUAAUCAACUCAACAAUCUUUACACUGGUGUUUCCAUGACAGAAUCCGAACUUGUGAAAGCCUUGAAGCGUCAUGGUGUUGAACGUGAGAACCCUGAAGGUGAAUCUUUUGAUCCCAACAGACAUCAAGCUCUUUUCCAAGCUCCCAUGCCUGGUAAAGAAGCAGGCACUAUCUUUGUUGUUCAAAAGAUGGGUUAUUCAUUAAAAGGACGUGUACUUAGACCUGCUCAAGUUGGUGUUGUUGCUGAAUCUCAGUAAGGACAUGACUUUUACAUAUAUA